AAAGAGUAAAGACAACUGCAUUUGGAAACUACCACUUCUCCAUCUCUCUCUUUUCUACUCUAAGUGAUGACUCGUUCUUCAAGAUUCCUGAGCAGCUGGAACUCAUCGACAGCGGAACCCCCGGAGGCAGUGGAGGUCGAGUCCGAUUUCGUGGUGAUCCUUGCGGCGCUGCUAUGCGCUCUGAUAUGCGUGGUGGGUCUCAUCGCCGUAGCUCGCUGCGCUUGGCUUCGGCGGGGCUCAGCGGGAGGGGCGCGCGCGUCGGCCACGCAACCGGCGGCGAACAAGGGGCUGAAGAAGAAGAUCCUUCAGUCGCUUCCGAAGCUGACCCACGACGCCACAGUGAGCGGCAAGUUCGCGGAGUGCGCCAUAUGCUUGGCGGAGUUCGUGGAGGGUGACGAGAUCCGAGUUCUGCCGCAGUGCGGGCAUGGGUUCCAUGUGUUGUGCGUGGACACAUGGCUGAGCUCCCACUCCUCCUGCCCGUCGUGCCGGCAGAUACUGGUCGUCGCCAGGUGCCGGCAGUGCGGCAAGUUCCCCGCAAUUUCCGGCACGGCAACGUCGGACGCGGAACUCAAGGCAAGGGAACAGGGUACUGCUGAUAAUGGGUUUCUACCAUAACCCCAUCACGAUGUAUUUUCCAUUUCUCCUCUAGACCCUCACCAUGUACAGAAGAACUGCCCCAUUUUCUCUGUGCUUCUUGUAUUUUCCUCAUCUUUUUAGGGUUUUGUUGUGGUAAGAAAACCGACUUUAAUGUCGCGACCUCUGCAAAAUUCUUAAGCCCCAUAGCUGAGUUGUAAAAUUCUAAUGGUGGGUGGGUUGUACUGUUUCGUUAACACAUGAAGGUGCAGCAGGUGGCGCAUGAGUGGAGUAAUAAUUCAACUCCGCGGCAUGUGCAAUCAUCCAGAUCCAGUACUUAUUUUUCUCUAUUUCCUUUGUUUUCUUCUCAAGGUUGCGGAAAAGUUUUCUUAUC